AUGGGAGUGAGCUCGCGCCCGCAAGAUUUCGGUUGCUCUCGCCUGGCCAUGACCGCGCCAGUGCCGUUUCACGAGAAACUAUUGCCACGCGUCAUCAUCAAAAAUAUGGCCGGGCAUGCGCACGGCUACGGAUGCUCGUGCGCACCGUCAGCCUGCACAGCAUCCUACGCAGAUGCUUUUGCUCGGCGCCUGGCCAGGAGAUCCUGCGUUGGGCCAGUUUCUUUUCACCAGAACCUACUGCCACGCGUCAUCAUCAAAGAUGUGACCAGGGGCGUGGGGGAAGGUGAGGAGCACCAUGAAUUCUAG